GAGCUUUACAGCGUGACACCCAGCGGAAGUAAACAGUAGCAGCUAGCAGCAUUAGCUAGCUGUGUGUCAUGAAUGAAGUGAAGACGGUACUGAGUCACAGCGCAGCUCAUUAUUGAACGAGUAAUUAAAGAAGAAUGAGUUCAGUUGAGAGUUUGAGAGAGUUUGUCAACGAGCGACUAACUGCUGCUGCUGAAGAAAUAUUCAGAGUUUUUAAAACAACUAUCGUCCAGUACGAGGAAGAGAUCGAUCGGCAGCGCGUCAUGCUGGAUAUCUGCUGGAAACCCCAAGUAAAGUUACACAGGAUAGAGCUCCCACAGCAACAUGUCUGUAAGGAGGAGGAGGUUCUGGCUGACCAGCAGCUCUGUAACCAGGAGAGGAACUCCAGUCUGGACCAAGAGGACCCAGAGCCUCCAGAGAUUAAAGAGGAACAGGAGGAACUCUGCACCAGUCGGGAGGGAGAGCAGCUUGUACUGAAGGUGGAGACGGAAACCGUCAUGUUGACUCCAGCUUAUGAGGAAAGUGACCACAGUGAAGCAGAACCAACAAGUGACCACCAGCUCCUCUCUAACAACUCUCAUGGAGCUGAGAGCCGAGACCAGAAAGGAGGAAAACAUGGAGACUCAGGAUCAGCUGGAGAUGGAGAGCCGAAGGAAAAGAAAAGACAUCACGGAAGCAAAAGUCACAGUGAUUAUGGAAAAAACUCAUCAGACAUUCAACAUAACACUCACCCAGGUGAAAAGUCUUUCGACAGGGACACAUGUGGAAAGACUUUUAAGUUUAAGUCGUUGUUGAAUAGACGCAUGAAAAUCCACACAGGUGAGAAACCGUUUACUUGCAAAACAUGUGGCAAAGUUUUCAGCCAACGUACACGCAUAGCGGACCACAUGAGAACUCACACAGGUGAGAAACCUUUUACCUGUGAAAUAUGUGGGGAGGCUUUCGGGAGUCGUACUGCAUUGAUUUAUCAUGUGAGAAUCCACACAGGUGAGAAGCCGUUUACUUGCAACACAUGUGGGAAGACUUUCAGGUCUUGUGGUGACUUAAAAAAACACAUGAGAAUCCACACAGGUGAGAAACCGUAUUCUUGCAACACAUGUGGGAAGACUUUCACACUAAAAUGUAACUUAAAGGUUCACUUGAGAAUCCACACAGGUGAGAAACCAUAUUCUUGCAAAUUAUGUGGGAAGACUUUUAAGCAAACCAAUGCCUUAACAGCGCACAUGAGAACUCACACAGGUGAGAAACCUUUUACCUGUGAAAUAUGUGGGGAGGCUUUCGGGAGUCGUACUGCAUUGAUUUAUCAUAUGAGAAUCCACACAGGUGAGAAGCCGUUUACUUGCAACACAUGUGGGAAGACUUUCACACUAAAAUGUAACUUAAAGGUUCACUUGAGAAUCCACACAGGUGAGAAACCAUAUUCUUGCAAAUUAUGUGGGAAGACUUUUAAGCAAACCAAUGCCUUAACAGCGCACAUGAGAACUCACACAGGUGUGAAACCAUGAUGUUGCCUGGGGAAAGUUUUUCUGAUCCAUCUGCUCUGACGAGACACUGGAUGACGUACAGGAGAGUAGCCUUGUAUUUACAAAAUAUGUUGGAGGUGGUUCAGUUCUAGUGUUUCAUGCAUAGUUGCAGAACUUUAACUUUAAAUGAGCUACUUGAAGAAUCCUCAGAGGAUCAAUAUACACAGGAGAAAUGAUGAGCUGAUGCUGAAUGUGAACAAUUUCCCCUUGAGAACAUGUCAAAAUAUGUUUGUGUCUAUCUUCAUGCUGAUUUGCCAUAUUUAUUAAUAUGAUGAUUAAAAAGUCGAGUUAAUCGCU